AUGAAGCUUUUGUUUAUCUUCAUAUGCAUGCUUAGCUUGCUCAGCUGCUCGGGCACUACUACUAUUACUGCAAAUGCUUUUGAUCACAUCACCCGUGGUACGUGCGUGAGCCAAGACGGGGGCAGCAAUGGCGACGCAGAGUUCAGAUUCAAUCUCAACAACCUGCUCUCCACCACCCUUUCCUCCAAUGCCUACCAUGGCUAUCACAAUGCCACCUACGUAGGCACAAACUCAGCUGAAAAAGUCUACGUCUCCUUCCUCUGUUGCGGUGAUGUCACCUCAAACAUUUGUAGAGAAUGUGUGGACACCGCAACCACCUUCGCCUUUCAAAAUUGCCCCAAUGCAACAGAUGCUGUACUAUGGUUCGACAAAUGCUUGUAUCGAAUCUCCAAUGAUUAUGAACGGAUAAAUCCCAUGGCGAACAACUCAAGUAGAGACUACGUCAAAGUUUUGAUGGGGAAGAAUGUGAUCACCAAACCCAUCAGCCGCUAUAAUCGGUUGCUUGCAGCUACUAUGAAUAAAUUAGUCACUGAGGCUGCCAAAGCUGACAGAUUGUUCGCUACCAAAGAAGCCCAAGUUAAAGGGUCAAAUAUGACGCUGUACAGCAUUGCACAGUGCACGCCCACAGCAGAUUGCAAUCAGUGUCUUCAAGCGGCCGUAGCAGAUAUAGUUUCAAGGGAAGACCAGUUAGAGGGAUUUUUUCUAUAUCACAAUUGUAAUAUUAGGUACCAACUUUCCCCGUUCUUCAAAAAAUUAAGGACUGUAGCAGCUGGAUCAAGGAGCAAACUGAUCUUGUACAUUGUUGCCGGUGUUCUUGCCCUUAUUGUCUCUGCCUGUGUGGUGCAUGUAGCUUUGGGGGCCUACGACAUCGUACGAAGAAGAGAAUUGGAGACGCACGUUAAUACUGCCAAACAACAAGAAAAUGGUAAAGCUGCACACAAUUUAUAA